CGACACACACACGGUGAAGUUUGACAGUCUCGGUUCAGGCAGCGCAGCGGUUGAUGCCGGUUUGUUUGGCCACUGGUGCAUAGUUGCGCUUCUGCUCUCAAUUGUAAACUACUCCUGGAACAACUAAACAGCCCACCCUUGGAUUUGAAAGGAAUUAUAUAGACUUCGAGUGAUUGGCUUUGGUUUAGUUUUUUUUGUUCCAUCUUGCAGAGACUGAGAAAUGACUGCCAACAUGUCUCUGGAUCAUGACGAUGUGAAUAAACUGACCGAAAGUACAUACAAGAAUGUGAUGGAGCAGUUCAACCCAGGUCUGAGGAACCUGGUCAAUCUGGGGAAGAACUAUGAGAAAUCUGUAGCCGCGAUGACUCUUGCUGGGAAGGCGUACUUUGACGCUGUGUCAAAGAUAGGCGAGACUGCUUCCGUGUCCCCUGUCUCCAGAGAAUUAGGUGUGGUUCUGAUGGAGAUCUCUGAGGUGCACAGGAAGGUUCACCUGGAGCUGGAGGAGAACUUCAAGCGGUUCCACAAAGAAAUCAUUGCUGAGCUGGAGAGGAAAACAGAGAUGGAUGUCAAAUAUAUGACUGCCACAUUCAAGCGGUACCAGACGGAGCACAAGCUGAAGCAGGACUCUCUGGAGCGCUCUCAGACGGACCUGAAGAAGCUGCGGAGGAAGAGCCAGGGGAAACAAGUCACCAAGUACGAGAUCAAGGAGAACGAGUAUAUGAAGACCAUCUCGUCGCGGCAGAGUGACAUGCAGAAGUUCAUCGCUGAUGGUUGCAGAGAGGCCCUCCUGGAGGAGAAGAGACGAUUCUGCUUUCUGGUCGACAAACAUUGCAUGUUCUCCUACCAUGUCACCGCCUUCCAUGAGAAGGCCAAAGAGCUGCUGGCGGUGAAGCUGCCCAGCUGGCAGGAUAAAUGCAGUGAUGCCACCAAGGUCCCUGACACAGUGAUGACCAUGAUAAAGGGGCUCCGCACUCCCAUGUCUGGAUCCCCAGAAGCCUCGCCUCGCGUUGAGCGCUACAACAGGAGCAAUGGGGACUCAAUGGUUCCCCCACCAGCCCCCCAGCUGAAGGCCCAGAUCAGUCCACUGGUUAACAUGUUCAACCAGGACGCCUCCAUCACAUCCACAUACGCCUCCACAUCAGACCACAACUCAGUUUUACAGAGUCUCACACCACCUUCCCCAUACCAGGGCAGUAUGGAGGACGGUGGCAGUCUGUCUCUGUCCAGGUCGGUGUCGAUAGGUUCAGAGCUGAACAUGGGCAGGAAGCAACGGGUCAGGACCAUCUUCCCUCACACGGCUGGCAACAAUAACACACUCCUUUCCUUUGACGAUGGUGACAUCAUCAUGCUGCUAAUCCAGGAGGACAAGGACGGAUGGCUGUAUGGAGAGCUGGAGAAUACCCGGCAGAGGGGGUGGUUUCCUUCAUCAUACUGCCGACCUUACAAUGAACCACUGAUCUCAAACAGUUUGGGGACACCGGUGCGCUGUCUGAGUGUGGCCAGUCUUCCGGAACAGGAGGAGGAAGAGCCUGUUCUGCUGCCGCCGCCAGACUACAGUGACGGGAAGGAGAGUAGCCCUGUCAGAAUGGUCAGCUCCUCCACACCCUCACCCCAAAACACGAUCUUUCUACCCAAUGGGGUUGGAAAGGCUCCCUUUCUGGGAGGUGGGAAUCCCUUUGCCACUGUCAAACUGAGACCUACAGUGACCAAUGACAGAUCCGCACCAAUCGUCUGAUAACCAGGGAUCAUCCAGACAGAGGAUUUAUGAAGCUUGGAAUCUCUGCGCCACCAACACUUCAGAAUCACAGUCCAACAAGAUGUCCAGAUAGCCUGGAUUUUACUCUGCUUCAGAAAACGAGCUCCGUUGUUGCUCGGUCCGUUGCAACUGCAUUGUAAAACAGACCAGUGAAGUGACAAUAAAUAUGGGCAGUGCUGAGACAGACUAAUAUCCAGGCUACCUUCCUGACUCUUCAGCACUCAAAUAUAAAAUUAAUAAUACUAAUAAUAAUAAUCUGUCUGUAGUUGUUGUGGGAAUGAUGGGAGAGAGACACAUGUUGGGAGAAGAAGAGCUCAAUUAUUUGCCAUGUUUACUUUUUCAUUAUUAUGUGCCCAUUUUUAAAUGCGGAGACUAUUUGUGUAAACAUAUGUAACAAAUUGAGUUUAAACAGUGCGAGUUUAUGGAAGAAUGAAUAUACCGACUAGGCACAGACAUCCAUCCGUUCAGUGUCUAUUUUUGAUUGACAGUUGGCUGAGUUGUCAACUAAUGUGAAUUCAAUGUGAAAUCAAUAAAAAAUUACACCAUGUCAUUGGAUUUAGGUUCAAAGUUGGUUGAAAAAAAGACUAAAUUCCCUUAUAUUGAAAAAAAAAAAAUCCAAUCUGUUUUCCAUGUUGAUUCAACUUCAUCACAAAUAUGUUCUGUUGUUGAAAUGACGUGAAAACAAAGUUGAUUCAA